AUGUCUCUCGAAUCCGCCCUCGAGGAGGAGCGUCUAGAGAUCCUUAAGCUUCUCGAAAGACCAAGCAGGACCUCCAUGUACCAGCAUGCCUCUGGUGCAUAUUCCACUCCCUCCUCACCCCGACAACAGUACAACUCUGUACUUCCCCCACACCACAGUCGUACUUCAUCUCCUAUUCGCGGCGCCACAAUAUCCUCUUUAAUUGAUAUGGCAGACCCACCUCCCACUAGAUCUCCAACCACAAUUACAUGGUCACCAACCGUCACCCAGAAUGUCAAUGGCAGGCACCGCUCCGAGUCUGGCCCUGUUCUCAAUGGGCCCCCAAAACUGCUCAAGGAUCGUGACAAGCAAACAAACAGCUUGACCCCGAACGACGCCUACAACUUCUCGAUGACGCCAUCUGUAGCGCCACCCAUUCCACGCAAACCCCGCUCCCGCGAUCCAAGUGCUGCGCCUUCCGCUCGAGGAAGCAUCGGGCGACGAUCAAUAUCUCCGAAUACAGGCGAAUUAUUGCGGGAGGAGAUAUUGCGGUCAGCAUCACCCCGAUCUUCUGUAGGACGCUUAUCAUCGCCUUCCCGACAGAACCCCCGGAUUGCGAUGGACAACGAGCCUAAGAUAGACCUUGGUCACGCUUACGCCCGGCUAAAUGACCAAGCCCUUGCGAGUUCCGGCGGCAUACUGGGUCAGCUACCCGAGCGCAAGCCGCUAACAGGUAGCGAUGGAGAGCAUAUACGUGCAGGAACAGGCGAGUCUCUUACUAGCGAAGGUGGUAUUCGCCUGCAGAAGGAUUACGAUCUGGAGGGUGAGCGCGCAGCUGAGGACUCGUCCGAGGAAGAGUCCAGCAGUCUGGGGAGCUCCCCCGGGAGUGAAGAGGAGGACAAAGAGGAGAGGGGUAGGCCAGGAUCAAGAUCGCGGCGCAUAGAUGGCGCGAAGCCAAGCUUCGAAGAAAAUACUAGGGGAUCUACCGGAAUCAUCAAGAGCAUGAUCAGGAGUGUCGGCGAUCCUGGUGGGGGUGUCAAGAAGAAGGGAAAGAAGGGUGGUGGUAUUGAUGCAAAGAAGGGGACAGGCAACAUGCGAAAGACUAGCAUGAGCUUGUUGGCUGCUGCAGAGGAAGAACGCAAGGAAGUAUCUUCUAGGUACAAAGUCCGUUCGUUACUUCCCUCAAUAUCCAUUACUCCUUCCGGUAGCACUGUCCCGGGCGCAAAUUCCCCCACAACAAGCCGCCGCACGGGGGUGCACCCAACCACAAACUUUGAUCUGCCAUCUCACACCUCUACCCCCUUGUCAUCUGACACGGAAGCAGACGUUCUAGACCUUCGCCGUGCGCAGCGAAUGGACAUGAGCAUUUCCCCCAUCGUUUCAACGCCCGAAUCCCAACGUGUUGUCCGAACUAUUCUGCGUGGUGAAUAUGCAGAAAUUUCCAAGGAAGCCGAGGAGGGAAACAGACGGGCCCGCAAAUACCUUGUUGCUACGGAUCUCAGUGGUGAGGCUCAGCAUGCACUCGAAUGGACCAUCGGAACAGUUCUCAGGGACGGAGACACCCUCAUGGCUAUCUACGCAAUCGACCAAGACACCGUUGAGGAUGGCGGCAAGAUUGUAUCCGACGAUGGGAUCAUUGCCGAUAUGACUACCCAAUUGGCAGUGGGGUCCAACCAGACUCUGACGUCAGGGACGCAAACACCCGGGAGUGCAUCACCGCGUACACCAUUUCAAGUAAUGGAAAGGUCCGAAAGGAGUCGGGAAAGGACAAAAGCGGAGCAGGAGAGAUUCGUAGCCGCAGAAGCGAUCACAUCGCUGGUUUCGAAACUGUUGAAGAAGACGCGACUACAAGUCAAGUGCACUGUGGAGGUGAUUCAUUGCAAGAGCCCAAAACAUCUUCUAACAGAAAUCAUCGAUCUUGUAGAACCUACCCUAGUCGUUCUUGGCUCACGAGGCAGAAGCGCUCUCAAAGGUGUACUCCUCGGAUCCUUCUCGAACUACCUCGUCACGAAGUCGUCUGUACCUGUUAUGGUCGCGCGAAAGAAGCUGAAGCAUACAAAGAAGUAUGCAAACACAAAUGUCCGGCUGGCGAACAACCUGACUGCGAACGCUACAACUAGACAGUUGGCCGACGCGAAAGUCGAUUAA